AUGGAUUAAAUGAUAAGUUAAGUUAAUAAUUGGAUAGAUGAUAUAUAAUAAUUUGAGUUUAAGUAAUGCUCUUACAAUUUCUUAGAUGAAAUAGAUUACUUAAAUCAGUCUAUUGAAAAAAUAAAAGAUCAAUAAAUUGAUGAAUUUAAAAAAGUUAUUUACUCUAUUAACUAAUCUUAUGAAACAAAAAUCUAGCUUAAAAAAUAAUUAUUAAAUGUGUAAUUACUUAGUGCUUAAAAUACUUUAAGAUUACAAUCAUCUAAUGUUUCAUUUAAGCGAUUAAAUUCAGAAGUAGCAAAAGAUUAUCUAGAAACAAAAACAUAUAAAUAAAUAUAAUACAAAUUAGUUUAAGAAGUUAAACAAAAAGAAUGGUGCCAUGCAUUAGCAUUUAAUUAUAAUUAAUCCAUAAUGGCGGGUAGUUUUGAUAAAAGUAUUAAAAUAUGGAAUUUUUAAUAAGGAUAAUUGUAGGAUAAAAAUAUAAUCUUAGAUGGUCAUGAAAAGCUUAUAAAAUGUAUAGUAUUCAGUAGAAAAAAUAAUUGGUUUUUCUCUGGAAGUGAAGAUCACACAAUUAGAAGCUGGAAAGAAAAAUAGAGUUGGUUUUUUUCUAGUAAAUGGGAGAGUGUUAAAGCUAAUAAAGCACAUUCAAACUAGGUAAUUUAAUUAAUAUUAAAUGAAUAAGUAAAUGAAUUGAUAUCAUGUAGUGUAGAUAAGACAAUUAAAAUUUGGAGAGUUUUUUAUGAUUCAAAUUCAAUAAAAUUUUUAGAUUCUCUUGAAAAACAUUAACAAUAAAUAUUAUCAAUUAGUUUAAAUUAAUCUCAAAAAUAAUUAAUUUCUUGGGGUGAAGACAAAUAAGUAAUUUUAUGGGAGAAGAAUUAAUAAUUCAAAUGGUAAUUUAAAAAUAUCAUCCUUUUAUCAAUUCAAGAAAUAAAUAGAGGGGCUAGAUUUCUUAUGGAUAAUUAGAUUAUAUGUAAAACAUCUUAAGGAUAGGUACAAAAUUAUGUAUAAGAAAAUUAUAUAUAUCAACAAAAGUAAGUAUUAGAUUUUAAUCUUGAAAAUCCUGAUUUGAAUCCAAAAGAAUUUUAAAUAAUUUUUAAUAUUUAAACUUAAUUAAUAGUAAUGAAACAUCAUUAAUAUUUCUAUUUUUUUAGAAAUAAUGUAGAUGAUUGGAAAUUUUAAUAAGUAUGUUAACCUUUAGAAUGUCAAAAAGAAGUUUUUUUUUUUAAUAUCUCAAAUGAUGGAAAAUAUUUAAUUGUGUGGAUUUAGCAUCCUUUAUUAAGAUUUAGAGUAUAUGAGUUGAUAUAUAGUAAUAUGUAUUGA